GUGAAUUUUUCGGGGGGUUUGCUGAUGCAGUACUAUGGUGUCUAGUUAGAAAAAUGUGCUGCGCGUCCGGCAGGUUCCCGAAAAUUAUCCAAAAUAGGACCUGCCAACGCGCGAUUGUCCGGCUUUCCAUAAAAAAGGAAUACCCUUCCGAAUGCACGCUUGACGUGCCCUGACGUGUACCCAUCUCCAGUGAUAACAGGAACCCUACAGACACUGGCAUGAUGGACGUCCUGCAUUCAGGACUGGCUGCUUUGCAGCAGAAAUUAUCCUUCGUUGCAACUGACCCAAUAGACUGGAAAUUUUUCGUUCAGGGCUCUUCCUGGGUUGUCACGCUUUUUGAAUCUUACCUCCUAAUUCGUCAGUACCCGCUGUACUCGAAGGCUUCGCCGCCAAAAGUGUUGGAGAAACAUUUCGACGGAGAGGUGUUCCGCAAAUCGCAGAACUAUGGCAGGGACAAGGCUAAAUUCUCACUUGUCACUGGCUUGUUAAAGCAAACUCUCGACUCUGCGUUGAUACACAGUGGGUUCUAUGCGUGGGCAUGGGACUCCGCAGGAAAGAUCAUGGCAUACUUCGGUUAUGGAGGUGAAUACGAGAUCAUUCAAUCCCUCACGUUCUCUGCCAUAUUGUUUGUCGCAUCUUCCAUACCCAGCAUUCCCAUCUCUGUAUAUGGGACAUUCGUUCUGGAGGAGAAGCACGGGUUUAACAAGACUACGCCGUCGCUGUUCGUAAGCGAUCUACUGAAGAGUUGGGUACUGGCAUUUGUCAUCGGAGGGCCAUUUCUUUCUGCUUUUCUCUAUGUGUUUCAGUGGGCGGGCGACCGGUUCGUGCCAUGGCUCAUGGCAUUCUUAUUAUUCUUCCAAAUUACCAUGGUCAUCAUCUACCCGACCUUGAUCCAACCGCUAUUCAACAAACUGUCGCCUCUUUCGGACGGGGAGCUUCGCACACGCACAGAGGCCUUGGCUAGCAAACUCAAGUUCCCACUGAAACACCUUUACGAAAUUGAUGGUUCGAAGCGCAGUUCGCACAGCAACGCCUACUUCUUCGGUCUUCCAUGGGUGCUUGUCAUCUUCGAUACCCUUAUCAAAGAGAGCAAGCCUGCGGAAGUAGAGGCUGUUUUAGCCCAUGAACUCGGACACUGGUAUCAUAUGCACCCCACAAAACUCUUGUGCAUAUCUCAAGUCCACAUCUUCACGAUUCUCGCAUUGUUCCCUGCAUUCCUCCAUGCACCACAAUUCCUUCGGGCAUUCGAUUUCUCAGAUAAAGUCGCUGCGCACCCGCCUACGAUCGUUGCGUUCCUGCUCUUCCAGAUGAUCCUAACGCCGCUCGAAGCUUUCGUAGGUAUCGGCCUCAACUUUAUAUCUCGCCGCUUCGAAUGGGAAGCCGAUCGGUUUGCAUGUGAAUUGCAAGAUCGACUCAAGGACCCCGAGAUGACGGACAUGGGCGAGCGACUUGGUCGCGCCCUUAUCGCGCUGCACGUCAAGAACCUUUCUACUGUUUGGGUAGACUGGCUUUAUUCGGCAUACCACCAUUCGCAUCCAACCCUUACGGAACGGUUAAAGGCGAUGGAAAGCUUCCGUGUUAAAAGGGAUGGACACGUCAAGAAAGAGCUCUGAAUGCAUUUUAUGAUACAUCGUCGCGCUUCCUUCAAAAUCGUGUAUCGUAUCAUCUACUAGUUCGAACAAUAGACAACAGA